AGCUUCCGACGACAACAACAACAACAAACUGGAGCUCAGUGAAAAAUGUGAUACCUCGAAAAUGCAUAAGCGUUGACACAUGUACAGCAUUUCACAAAAAUAUAUAUGCUGAUAAUUAUAAAGACAAGAUGAGUUGCUUUGGAGGUCGUAUGCAGGAGUAUGACAGGGUUUCCCUGGAUCGAUUUGAUGGAAAGAAUCUGCAGUCAACUGUCUACUUUCUUUCACACUUACAUGAAGAUCAUACUGCUGGACUUGGGGAAAAGAUUUUUCUCAAAAGACUGAAAUCAAACAAGGACAUUUUCCUUUACUGUUCUGAAGUUACACAAGUACUUUUGGUAGCCAGUAAAAAAUACCAUCAUCUUGAACCUUACAUCAGAGGUUUGAGCAUCAAUACCCCAACUACUGUAGACAUUCCAGAUCCACUCUAUGAAGAGAAAGAAAAAAUCACUGUGACAUUGCUGCCUGCAUUCCACUGCCCAGGAAGUGUAAUGUUUUUGAUAGAAGGUAAGGAAGGGACAGUGUUGUAUACAGGAGAUUUUAGAUGGGAACACUUCAAUAUUGAACAGAUGCAUCAUCUUAGGUCAGGAGAAAGUGUGAAGAAGAUAAAAAGUCUAUAUAUAGAUACAACAUUCUGUACGCCGGAGAGUCUUCAUAUACCAAGCCGUCAGCAGUGUAUAGAAGCGGUAUGUCAACUAGUGCAUGAGUGGACUUCCAUAAGUCCAAAACAUGUUGUAAAUAUCUAUCUACGAGCACAGUAUGGACAUGAACCCUUGCUGAAUGCUGUUGCUUCAAAACUAAAUAAGAAGGUUCAUGUGAAUGAACAUAAAGUCUCAGUAUAUAACAGAAUACAGGAAUUCCAUGGCAAAUUCACUACAGAGGGGAUCAACACGCAGCUUCAUGCCUGUAAUAAAGAUUGCAUGAUUGAUGUAGAUGGAGAGAGUAUACUAUGUCGUGAGGCACAUGAUGCUGACAAGGUUCUGGCUAUACUUCCUACAACCAUGUACUUCACACAGUUCCAGCAUCUCACCCUAGAUAAGAUAGUUAAAAAAAUUAACAGCAAUUUUUUCCGAGCGUGCUAUUCCUUCCAUUCUUCAUACACGGAGGUGAAAGAUCUGUUAUCAUACCUGAAACCUGAAAGAGUGUAUCCCAAUGUGAAACCACCUACCGACACUUCACUAGCUGUGACUCAGCACCGUUUGAACACAAUGUUGAAAGAAUGCCUGGAAAAAGGAGCAGGGGAGGUAGUUCAAUCAGAAGAAGUGAAGGAACUAGGUACCUUGAAAACUAGGUCAGGACGGCAGGUCAGAAAGAGAAAAGGGACAGACUCUACCAGUGAUGCUGAUAGCCUAGAUUUUGGUACCCCAGUGAAGAGUGCAAGAUACAGUUUGUCUUGUUCCAUGGAAGCGGAUGAACCAGCCAUUACAGAAUCCUCUUCAACUGGAAAGAGAAAAGGGCGUGGCAGAGGAAGGGGUAAGGGUAAAGCAGAGACGGCCUCUCAACCUGCAGUCGGAACAAGGCGCAGUACAAGAAGAUCAGCAGCCACACCUACACAUGAAGAAACAACACCUAAAAAGUCCAAGAAGUCUGAAAGAUCGCCGACUCCAGAUCUGUUCCUGACCCCAGCUAGCGACACCAGUGACCAGCACUCGUCAUUCUAUGGCAGUGAGCGAAGUGAUAGUGAACUCAGUCUUUUCUCGAGUCAGAAAAGUCUGGAUCUUGCAGCCAGUGGUGAAGCUGCAAACAGUUGGACAGCUGGCAGUUUUCUUGCUGCAGUCAGUUCUAGCUGUGAGGAUGAUGCUGCUGCUGGUCGUUUCUGUCUGAGUGACGAUGAAGAACAGACAGACGAACAGUUUGAAGAUCUCAGUCAGUUCACAGAUACUGAAGAGGAAGAGGAAGGCCUUAACCUUGAACAAUUGGGUUCAGUAGUUCCGCCAGACAAUGUAGGUGUAGAUGAUAACACUGCUUUAACAACAGAAACAGCCAAGUCAAAGGGAAUCACAAAAAGUCCAGUGAAAAGGGGAAAAGGAGGGAAAAAAGGCACAAAAAAGUCAACCCAUGGCCAGGCAGAUGCUGCUUGCACAGAGUCCAGUGUAGAACAAAAUAUCGAUGAUCAUAAGGAGCUUGAUAGUGAUGCAAAUACUGACUCAAAAAUAGUUGUAGAAUCAGAUUCAGAUACAGUUUUAAGAGGUACAGAUAAAAAUCCUUCGCUGCUUGAUGAAGUAGUAACAAAAGAUGGGGAGAAGGCAGUGUUAGAAACUAUUAAUGUUGUAAAAGGAAUAGACACCGACACAAAAGUAGCCUUAGUUGGGAGCAUCGUUGAAAGCACAGCAGCUCAAAGAGAAGGUUCACCUGAAACUGAUGCAGAAAUAGACUCCUGCUCUGCAAAUGCUUCAGAUGAACAACUAAAAGAUGACAAUGUGAUUACAUAUUUAGGAACUCCGGUGAAACAUUCGGAGGAAUCUACUUCAGGCUCUCUUGAAACAACUGCUGAAAAAGAUGUUCAAGCUGAAAAGAUCACUACUGAUGUUAGUGGUAAGGGAAAAAUUGACAAUGUUACAGAGUCAAGUGAGGAUUUACACUUGCAUCUUUCAGAAACAACACAUGACAGUGAGGAGGACAGUAAUGAAAGUAACAUAUGCAGUAAAGAUAAUAAAGAUAAUGAAGUUAUAAUAAUUGAUAGUGAUUCACUUGAUGAAGUAGAUAGCGGUAAACAAGAUACCAGUAUUGAUGCUACUACUAAAGUCAGUGAAAAUGAUAGAAAUUUUGGAAGUGUUGAAAUAGUCAGUCAUAUAAAUGAAGGUAUUCCUGCAGAUGCAGUUAUGAUUGUAGACAGUGACUCAAAUGAAGUUGCAAAUUGUGAUUUUAAUAAUGUCAGUAAUGAUAAAGAUGACAGUAACAAUAUUAGUCCAGAAAUAGAAAAGAAGCAGGACAAUACUGAAAGUGAAACUAAGAUGGAUGUUCAAGUUUCUAAGAAUCCAGAACAAGAGAAAAAGGUUCACAGUAUAGAGAAAAGUGCUGAGAAAAUUGCUGACAUUGAUCCACAAACACCAGAAGAGUACAAAACUCCUAGUCUUGUCGGAGUGGAGCAGGAUAUUUCCAAAUCGGAGUCCAGAAAAAGUGUUCCAAAAUCAGGAACUUCACAGUGUAUAGGUGAAGGAGAACAUAUAGACAGAGAAGAUGGUAACCAGGAUACAGGCUGUAUAAAAGUGAUAGAAGAAAACAUAAAUGAAAAAGAUGCAGCUGAAGGAACUGUACAGACAUUCAGUGUGGAAUCAACAAACUCUAUAAUUAGUAGCAAAGAAGUACUAGGCAAGAAUGAUGGCAUAACAAAACCAGAGGAUGAUUUAAAUGAAAGCAUGCUUAUGAAGGAUGAUAUGGAUGAUGAUGUCAUUGAAAUAGUCGAUCUUACUGGUGAUGAUAUGACUGGUCAAAAGGAAAACCAAGAAACUAUGAAGCCAGGGAAGAAAACCAUUAAAAUAUCCUUGUUAACAAAAACAGAACCUAUAAGAAAAGUUAAGAAAACAGUGGAAGAAAAUAACUUUGAAAAGGAGGAAAAAGAAGACACUGAAAAUAACAGUGAGUCUGAUAUAGAUGAUAUCAAUGAAAUAAGUAGCUCACCGGAAUGGCUGUCUGUUAGAAAAGUGAGUGAACAAAAAAGUAGAUAUAGUGAUAAAAAAACAAAAAUGAGCAAGAGAGAUAAAUCUGUAAAAAGAGAUGAUCCUAUUGGAGUAUUAGAAGAUACAUUAAAGGAAAGUGGAUCAGAUGAAAACAGUUCUGUAAAAUUAAGUAAAAAAGAAUUAGAUGAAAGGGCUGAAGUGAGAAGGCAAGCACUAGGCUUUAUGUGCGAGACUGACAGUGAAUCUGAUACUGAUGAAUCAUCUGAUCCUGGUAGUCCGGAAGCAGCUAUGCUGUAUGAUGAUUAUGUAGAACUGAGUAGUGAUUCGGACAAUGAAGAUGGGAUUGGUGGUAAAGGUAAAGGAGGAAAGGCUUUUGGUAGGAAGCCUAAAAGCUCCAGAAGAAAAGGUGACUUUAGAAAUGGAUCUCUUAAUGGUAAUUCUGGAAGCACUACACAAGGAUGGCUGAACUCAAGAAAGCAUUCCGAUGUAACAGGGCCAACAGAUCAUGAUACUGUUCUUGACAAAAUUUCUAAUAUAGAAACAAGUGAAGAUAUUCAUAUGGCAGAGGUGACUGAUGCUGAAAUUCAACAAGGACCCCAAGUUAACAAAGUGGAUGAAACUAGAAUGAAUCUUGAACAGAUUGAUCAGUCUGUGGUUUCAGAUGUUACUGUUCUAGACCAGGAAAGUCCUGCGCAAACUGUAGAAGGAAAUGAUCUAAUGAAAGAGAACAUUGAAAAGAAAAUUGAUCAAGCAGAACACCAUACAGUUCAGGUUCAGAUUGUUGCUAAUGAAGAUACUCAUGGAAGAUUGACAGAAAAGACUGGUAUUGAAGUUCCACCAGAACCACCAUUCACAUGUCUCGAUAACAUCGAUUUAAACACAAGCCAAAAUACAGACAAUGCUACUUCUAACCAGGAUAGUGCCUUACAAACAGUUGAAAGUAGUAAGUUAGUGGAAACCAGUAAUAUGAAAAAUGGAGCGUCAGGAUCAGUUUUAGAUAGAACUUCAUCAGGUGCAGCAAAGACUGCUGAUCUUUCUACAAGUGAUUCUCUAGACAAAGAAAUUCCUCUUCAUACUGAAAAAGAAAAUGACCUGACAGAAAAGAACACUGUCAAAGAUAUGGAGGAAGUCAAUCAAGAUAACUCUUCUACACAUUCUGUUUUUGAAUCUCAAGAGGAGACAAAGGAAAACACUGUUCAAGACACAUUUAUGAUGGAAACGGAAGAACAAUUAAAAACAAGCAAUAGUACUGAUCAGUCUGAAGAAGUUCUAAGCAAGGAUGGUGCCUCUGAAAAAGUUACCUCAGUAGGACCUGCUGAAGAAAGUGAGGUAGACAGAACAAAUGUAGAGAAUGAGCAGGAACCAACAGUUUUGGCAGAAGAUAAAACUACAUUAGAAAUGGAAAAGAAUUCUGAUAAAAGAGAGAAGUCUGAAAGCAAUGUUUUUACCUCAAACAAAGAUAGUUUACAGGCUGGGGAAAAGAAUGAUGUAACAGAAAAAGCAGACACAGUUACAGAAUUACCCCAGUUGGAUCAAGCUGAAAACAGUAAGAAGAACAUUCAAGAUUCUUGUACAAUAAGUUCAGAUGUUCCUGUGCCAGAUUUUGCUUCUAGCCAGUCAAAGAAUGGUCAGGAAGAGGAGAAAAUAUUACAAAGUGGCAUAGAGGAAAAAACUGGAACUAAGAAAGUUACAACAGAAGAAAGUUCUGACAAAACUGACAGUAAAUCUAAUAUGGAAAAAUCUGGUCAAAUGGAGCCAAGUAGAGAAAUGAAUAAACAACUCAUCUCAAAUAAAAAGGUUACUGAAUCUACAUCAGAUUCUGCCACCUUGGAAUCAGAUAAGACAAAAGAUGGAAGUAAGAAGUCAGCAAAAAGUAAAAAAGUUAUUGACUGGAGAAAACUGCCACCAUCCAAUGUUAGCAAAGUUUCAAACAUAAUAAAUUACACUGACGAGCCUGCCCCCCCUGGAACAGAGGACCCACCAACUCUUAAGCAAGAAACUAAUAAGAUAUCUUCAGUUGUUUCCAAAAGUAGACCUAUUAAAACAUUUCUGCACAAAGUCAAUGUACCAGCUACACCACCACCAUCAACACCUGUACAAAGACCACUAUAUAAUCUGUUGGUUGCUGGGGGAACACCAACACAUAUACCGCCUCCAGGAGUAGGUCCACCGUACAAUUACCAGUACUCAAGAUCAGCUCCACCUCCACAAAUUCCCAACUAUCCACCUCCUCGCUGGAUUCAGUAUCCUUAUGGACCUCCUCCAAGUGUCCCAUUUCCUCCUCCAACUGCCUUUACGCAACCUCCACCUGGUUUGCCAUUCUCACCAGUUAUUCCUCCCCCUGUAGUGAGCCCACCUGUAACAGUUGUUGCAACAGCAAAGUCGCCAAUGAAUCCUUUGAUGCCACCACCAGUCACAGUAGCACCAGUCUCUACAAUAGCGAAGUUGCCAACAAGUUCAUGGAUGCCACCAUUUACAACAAUGGCACCAAUAGUACAAAGGGCAAAUACCACAGUGUAUAAAACACAAGGUCCUGUAGCAGCUGUGACACAGUCUACAAAACGUACAUUGUCAGUCACUCCAACAACAGACACUUCAACAACAGAUUCAACAAGGACUGUGACUAUAAAUGCUCCAAAAUCUAAGAAACUUGCAUCAUGGCAACAAAAGAAGGCAGAUAUAUUUGAAAGAGGGCCAUCAUGUAUAGCAAAGAAGGAUGUUAAACCAAAGAUUAAUAUAAACAUUGGAAAAACUCCAUCACAGCAGAGGAAGCAUGAUGCACUGACAUUGACACCACCUAUUUCUGAGGGACAGUCUCAGAAUCAAGAGGAUUAUGUAGAUAACUUAUCUAGGCUGUCACAGCAAGGGUUUAAGCAAAGACAAGAAAGCACAGAUUUAGCAACUAUCAAAGCCAAUAUAGCAGCUUUGACUGGACUUCAUGUUGCAGAUACUGCAAAAACUGCUCCUGAUGUUCCUCCAAAUUUUGACGAGAAUCAGUCUAAAGGUGAAGACUUACCAGCUCUUGUUGAGCAAUUGAAAAGAUUGGAAGAAGUGCAGGCUUUAUUAGAAGCAGCGAAUACAAAACAGUCUUCAUAUGGAAAUAACAGGAAAGAGACUAUUGAUGUUCCUAAAGAGACAUUCCGUUAUGAUCAUCCACAACAUGCAGACUAUAGUGAUAGAGAAGACUAUUAUGAUAGAAGAGGAGCUCGAAGAGACAGAUUAUCAAGAGACGAUGAAUUUGAAAGUGAACACAGGCGUAGAAGUUACGAGUAUGAAGGAAGAGAAAGAGAUAACAGUGGGAGAUAUAGAUCAAGAGACUAUGCAGAUUAUGAAGGAAGAGAGAGAAGUUAUGUUGAUUAUGAUAGAAGGGAUAGAGAAUAUGUAGAUUAUGAAAAAAGGGAAAGAAUGAGAGACUACGAAAGACUGGAUAGGGACUACUUAGAGUAUAGAGAAAGGAGAGAUGUGACCUAUGAAAGGAGGAAUACAGACUAUGUAGAUUAUGAAAGAGGAGACCGAAAUUAUUUAGAAUAUGAAAGAAGAGAAAGAGAAUUUGAAAGGCGAUAUAGAGAAGAGGAAGAUUACAAGCACUGGCUGGAAGAGAGAAGAAGAAAGGAAUCUUACAGAGAUGAAAGAAGAUUAUCUCCAUCUAGAUAUCCUGGUUAUGAUGACCGAAGUUACGAGGACCCAUAUUAUGACAGAAUGCCACCACCUAGACCUAGGGAUCCAGAAUAUGAGAAAUGGCUUGAAAGGGGAAGACAAACAGAAAACUACAGCAUGAAUAGACGUGAUUCUUACGAAAGGUAUGAUCACCCUACACCAGGACCAUGGUCCCACCCAGCAUAUGAAGAUAGGCAGCCAAGAUUUCCAGUUGAGCAACCAAAACCCAGUGUGGACUGGAAUAGGUAUGACAGUAAUGAUAUAGAAAGACAAGAGUAUGGCACAGACAUGACUACUCCACAAGAAGUGUUACCAGAAACAAGAACAGUGCAAAGACCAACAUAUACAGAAUCUGUUAGAAACACUAAUUUGGACCCAUUCAAGAAAAAGCCAAUCAUGGCACGUGUAUUGUCCCGCUCAGGUCAGCUUCUUUCUGUUCAGUCAGAAUGGAAGACAAGUCAGCAACCACAGACAGUUACAACACCAGAUGUGCAGGAACAAAAUACUGAUCUCCCAGUGUUUCUCACAGAGGUUUCUGUGGCUUAGUGAAGGAGGCUGUUGGCUGAAUCAUCAAUACAGUUUUUUACCAGUGCUUGGUUGGAAACCUCACUCACCAAAGUUUUCCAGAUGGCGUGGAGAAGGUUGGUGUUUCUACCUAGGCCUUUGCUCUCCAGCAGUACCAGUAGGAGCACCUCAAGUCUACCUACACCAUUAAACACUUGUCAACUCUGUGUUGGUGCGAUUUAAACUGAACAAAACUAGACAUCUCCUCGUGUGAUUAAGAGCUAUUGUGAUCAGUUACGUCAGUUGUCUACACUUUUAGUCAAGUGACAUCUCCUUAAUUUCUUGGCCAAUUCAACCAAACGUCACAGGAAUAUUCCUUUGGUUGUCCUUUUCUUGAUCCCUAAGUUAGUUUUUUGGGGAGGGUUGGGGGUACUAUGUCAUUUAGAUUUGCUCUUGUAUGUUUGUAUGUCUGUCUGAAUUUGUGUUGUGAAUAUCUCAAAAAGAAUUUAACCUAGAGUCAUCAAACCUCACAGGAUUAUUAUUCAGCAUGCGAAGUUGUGCAAGUGGUGUUUCAUUUGAGAUUUCACACUGCCAGACCAGUGUUAUGACCCUUGAUUUAGUCAAAGACAGGUGUGGAUGCACCACUGUCCCAUGGACACAAAUCUAGUUUCAAAUUUCUUCACAGAAAGUCAUUCCAUGAACUGUAGAAGUUGCCGUGGCAAUAAAAGGAUAAACUUGAACAAAUUUUGUCUUUAAUCAUUUGUCAAAUUUUAAAAUGAUUUCUCUGAUUUCGCUUAGUCGGAAAAACAUGGCCAGGGAACAUGGGUCAGUUUUUCCCCAUUAACAAUCUUCCUGUUUGAUACUGCUUGCCUGGUUUACUUAAGUUCCUUUGAAUGUUCAAAUCAUUCUUUGUCAAUAAAAUGCAGCUGCUGAAACUAAGAAAAUCGAAUAUCAUCUCUUAAAACACAGGUCAGAUUUUAAAAUAAUUUUGCAGACUUUAUUUUGGCGACUCCACUAGAAUUAUUAAAGCCCUGAAAUUCAGGCCAGUUUCCAAAGUAUUGUAGCAAAAAUGUUUCUUGUGUGACCGUGAGUAUUGUUUCAAGAUCUGGUUUUGAUACACAGGUGAGUAAUACAGGACCAUUAUGGCCUUGUAGUUAUAAUGGUACAUUCAAGGAGCUGGGAAAUACCAUCACAUUUUACAUACAGAUAGGGAUUGUGACUUUACACAUGAAAAGUAGAGCUAUCAAAUUAGCACUACCAUGAUGCACCUUGGUUUGGUAGUUUGCUGGAAGCAGUUUUAAAAACAAAUUCUGGAAAACUUUAAAUACAGACCGAUAGAGGUAACAAAAUCACUAUUUCUCUGUUUAGUCUUAAAGGCUUCCAUCCACUUUUGGCUGAUGAGGAAAACUAAUUUACUAUCUCUUUGGGGGAGACAUAAAAUGUUGGAUCCACAACACAAAGAUAAGAGAAACCAUUAGAUU